ACAUCCACAUCUGCGUAUACAAAGGUGAACAGAGCAAACACGGGCCCGUCCACAGGAAGUCUAAUCGGUUUCCUCUGAGAACAAACACAGUCCAGCAGCAGCACAGGCUGCAGCCUCUAACACUCUAACCUUCAUGAGGAGGAUUCACUGCUGGACUGUUGGCUUAGACUGCAUGACUCGUAGCUGGGUGUACCUAAUAAACUGGCAAAUGAGUGUGUGUGUAGUUUAAGAAAUCAAUCAGGACAGACGCUUAAAGAGUGAUUCAAUUAAUAAAUUUGAAAAAGUGCACAAUUGAAAGGUUGAGCAAUAUGAGGAGAUUUGGUGAUUAGACUCCAUCGUGACGGGUUAGUGAUGCUAUGAGCUGAACAGGGAUGCAAUCACAGCAACAGUGACAGUGCUUAUAAUAGACAUUUAACUAUAUAUAGUACAUAUACAUAUCCCUGUAAGGCCCAAAUACCCCCAAAGUUUGCAGGUUGUGUGAGUUCAUGGCCUGAUGGCCGGACAUAUAGACACAUUUACCAUCCAAUAACAUUGCAGGGUUAAACAAUGGGAUCCACUGACUAUGUAGAAUGGUCAGUGGGUCAAAAACAGUUGCCAAUUUUUAUGUUAGUAUAGCUCCUCACUAUUCUCAUCCUCCUUGACCUGAGCGCAGCAUUUGAUACCAUCUGUCACAACACUCUACUGAACAGGUUAUCUUCCAUCGGCAUUACUCACACCCCACUUCACUGGUUCACAUCCUAUCUCUCAGAUCGCACACAGUUUAUUCAACUGAAAUCUUUCCGGUCCAACCUUUCCUUCGUCAGUACAGGUGUGCCCCAGGGCUCUAUACUGGGGCCCCUGCUCUUCAUUAUCUACCUCCUCCCCCUUGGCAAUAUCUUCCGAAAACAUAACAUUCAUUUCCACUGCUACGCGGAUGACACCCAGCUCUACCUCUCAAGCAAACCUUCUUCCACUCUCCCACCCUCCUCCUUUACUGACUGCAUUACUGAAAUAAAAACCUGGCUCACCUCAAAUUUCCUCCAAUUAAACAGUGACAAAACUGAGGUUCUCCUCAUCGGCACUAAAUCAACACUAUCCAAAACACACAGCUUUUCUAUUCAAAUUGACAACUCCUCUAUCUCCCCCUCCCCACAGGUUAAGAGUCUGGGUGUCAUCCUCAACAGUUCCCUGUCUUUCAAAUCGCACAUCAAUAAUGUUAUCCGGUCUACUUACUUCCACCUACGCAACAUUAAUUGCCUUCGCCCCUCCCUCACCCCCCAUACCACUGCCAUCCUUGUCCAUAGCCUUGUCCCUUCUCGUCUGGAUUACUGUAAUUCCCUUCUAUUCGGUCUUCCUGUCAAGUCACUUCACAAACUUCAACUGGUUAAGAAUUCAGCUGCCCGCAUCAUCACCAGAACCCCCUCCACCAACCACAUCACUCCUGUCCUUCAGCAGCUCCACUGGCUCCCCAUCAAAUUUCGCAUUGAUUUCAAAAUCCUCCUGGUAACAUUCAAGGCCAUUCAUAACCUCGCCCCUCCUUACCUGUCAGCUCUCCUCCACGUCCACACCCCCUCUCGCUUCCUCAGAUCUUCCUCUACUAUCAACUUGUCUGUCCCCUCCGCCCGUCUCACCACAAUGGGGAGCAGAGCAUUCAGCCGCUCUGCUCCCCGGCUCUGGAACUCAUUACCACCCGAAAUUAAAAACAUUGAUUCAUUUUCCCGUUUUAAAUCCACACUCAAAACUCACCUGUUCAGACUUGCUUAUCCCACAUGAGGUCAAAUGGUCAGUCUGAUUUUACACUUAUUUGUUUUAUCACUUGAUUAUUCUAUUUUAUUGUGUUUUAUCGUAUUGUUGUUUGUUAUUUCUCGUGAUGUACAGUGUCCUUGAGUGUCCUGAAAGGCGCUUUUAACAAAUAAAAUGUAUUAUUAUUAUUAUUAAAACUGAUGUUGCAAUUUUGCAACAGUGGGCCUUACAGGGAUAUAUAUAUACAUAUAUGAUAUAUUUAUGUAUGUGAUAUAUGUACCUUGUAGUAGCUGAUAUAUAAAAGUGUGCAUAAUACAACACUAUGGAUCUAAUAAUAAUGGUAGUAUAACAAAUAUUAAUAGCAGUUGCAGUGGAUGUCGGGCAGAUCCAGGGCAAGCCCGAGCCAGCCCAAAGUGUAAACUUUAUCAAAAAGGAAAGUUUUAAGCCUGCUCUUUCAUGUAGAGAGGGUGUCUGCCUCCUGGACGACGACUGGAAGAUGGUUCCAGGAGAGGAGUUUAAUAGCUGAAGGCUCUGGCUCCCAUUCUGGUUUUAGAGACUUUAGGAACCACCAGUAAGCCUGCAUUCUGGGAUCGCAGUGUUGUUGUUGUACUGGGGUAAUAGGGUACUAUGAGCUCUUUAAGAUAUGAUGGCGCUUUACCAGGUAAAGAGAAGUAUUUUAAAUUCUAUUCAGGAUUUUACAGGGAGCCAGUGCAGCGCAGCUAAUAUCGAAGAAAUAUGAUCUCUUUUCCUUGUUUUUGUCAGAACAGUAAGGAAUUACAGUAGUCCAGCCUGGAAGUAACAAAUGCUUGGACUAGUUUUUCUGCCUCAUUUUGAGACAGGAAGUGCCUGAUUUUUACAAUGUUGUGGAGGUGAAAAAAGUCCUUGAAAUUAGUUUGACGUGGUAGUUAAAGGACAUAUCCUGAUCAAAGAUGACUCCCAAACCCCUUACAGUGUCACUGGAGGCCAGCGCAAUGCCAUCCGUAGUUGCUAUAUCAUCAGAUAGAGUUUCUAAGGUGUUUAGGCCAAAAUACUAUUACUUCAGUUUUGUCUGAAUUCAGUAACAAAAAGUUGCAGGUCAUCCAGGUCUUUAUGUCCUUGAGACACGCUUGGAGUUUAAAUCAGCACUGAUGUUCUGCUCGCUGUCCAUAGGUUUGUAUGUUCGAUUACAUCAGCACACUUAAGGACGAGAUAGGAAAUAUCACACAAUGGAACACAAAACAAUUCUGUUUCCAAGUUUUCUCCUCCCAGAGAGCUCAAACCGUAAGGCUGAAUAAAUCACAUGGAACUACCACUUAACGAUCAGGAAGCUGUUUGUGAUGGUUGGUGUAAUUGCAGUGCGGAAUGUGAAUGUGCUUUCAGAAACAGGAAAUCCAUUUUCCUGUUGGAAUAUUUUUUGCCGGUUUAAGUUGCAGCUCUCAUCCGAUUCCAAAUGUCCACCAAGAUGAAGGACUACCUGACAAAUGUUCCCAUUGCAAAACUUAGUUUAGACAAUUGAUUGGUUUCUUCUGGCUUCAUUGAUAAAUAUAGCAGGGUAUCAUCGCAAUGGACUAACCCUGAUAGAAACUCAGGGACAUUCAGGGUUGAUUAAUAGCCUUGAGUCAAAAAUGGUUGCACCUCCACCUCCUGGCCGCUGCCUCGAGGAAUGUGAUUGUUAAUAUGACACGGAGGAGUAGCUUCAUUUAGGCUAACAUAUUCAUUAUGACACAGCCAGGUUAGUCAGCCAAUACAUGUCUGUUGAACUGUACACUGAAAAGAACUGCUACAGUUUAAGUAACUAGCUAAUGUGCUAAUCAAUGUCUCAUACAUGAACAUGAACAGUCAAAUCAGGCUUUGUCCAUCAUCCAUAUUUAUAAAAUCAGUGUCUGUUUGGAUCUUAUUAAACAAAGUAUUGAGCAGUUUCCAGUAAAAGAAGUCAUUUUCUGUAUCAAACAGCACAUUGAAUCUGAUUGUCUUCUUAGUACACUAAUAACUAAUUAAUACACUAAUGAACCCUCCAGUUUUUCAACAAUGAGUGGUGAGCUGGCGGAUCUCAGCUGGGCACAUGAGGAGCUUUGCUUGUGGAUAAAUUAUAUAGCAGCAUAAUCAUCUUUUGUCUUCUUUGUAUGUAACAUCAGUACUCAGGCUCAGUAGGGCGGUUUUCAGCUGCGUAUGCUGCAGCUUUAUGCCGGCGUACGUGUGAAGGAGGGUCAGUCUGUGUGUACCCGGGUGCCACACCUCAGUACUUGUGAUUUGAGUGUGGCAGGAACACAGUGCAGCAAAUGUAAACAGAAGUGAAGAGCACCGCCCUGCGUCCCUGCACUGUAUCCUGGCAGAGCUGAGUCCAUAAGACUCCCGAAUCCAGAGUCCAGAAGCCGUCUGACAAGAAAGAACAAUGACUCAGUGUUCAUUACAAAUGUUACUGUCCUAAUAUUCAGCUACAGUCCUGAUCCAGCAACAUGACACUGGAGGGCAAUGGAAACAGAUUCAGUGAAGAACGAGAACAUCAGAUCUGUGUGGAGGAUGAGGAGGCUCUAACCUUCCUUCCUCACAUGAAACUGACAUGUUUGAUUUUUUUCUAUCGUCUGACCUUCAACAGGAGUUUUUCCAAUUACACCCCUGGGAGGAUUUCAUGGGACUGCCUGGAGAAUCAGAUCCACUCGCUGUUCGUCUCGACGAGGACUGUUAACGUUCACACAGUCAGCAACGUUUACUUCAGCAGAUUCAAUAAGUUAAAAUUGGCGAAAUGAAAUAAUUUUUUCCACUAAUCAGUCGACUCUUGAUGUGAAACUGGACUUUGACACUGAAACACUGAAGUCAGGCUGAAGCUCAACCACCAUCAACAUCUGAGGCUCAAUAAGGCAAAGUGGAGCUUUCACCUAAAUGUAGGAAGCAGAAUAGAAAAAUACAAAAUAAAAGUCGACUAUAUAUAUGUACAUUUUAUACAAAUAACUAUAAAAAAUAUAUAAGGCCACAAAAGAACUAUAAAAAAUAUUGACAUAAAAAAUAUAUGACCAGAAAAUUCAGAGUUUCACGGUUUUAACAGAAAUUGCACACGGUGGAUACAGACAAAUGAAGUCCAGUGUUUACUCUAUUGCACAUUAAUAAAUAUGUUUGUGCCACAGUAGAAUAAAAGUGUGUUUGCAUAGGAUUAUUUAUUAUAGGAAUUAUGAAUCUGUUUGAUCAACAGAGACAAGUUCAAAACUGUCAGAAUUUCUUUGCAUCAGGACAAACGUUGUCCAUCUGGCCGCUCGACGGUUUUGCUUGUUUUAAGUCAUAUUUCUCCCAUAUGAUUUACUUUUUCGUCUUUUUUUUUUUUUGCUGCAGUGAUGUUCACCGUCUUUGUUUAGCGUGUUAGCAUGCUAACAUUAGUCCUGCUGAGGCUGAUGGGAAUGUCAUCAGUUCUGCAGGUAUCAAAAGCUGGCCAGAUGAUGGCGCUAGAAGUGAAGUAAGAAUGAAAUUCAUGUCAGUCCAUCUCAAAGUUAUUGAGAUAUUUCAUUCAUAAAGUGUGGUGAGAACUAACACGUCACUACCACACAUUUCUAAUACGGAUCUCUUCAUGUUUCUCUUAAAUUUGGUUCUUGGAGAAAACGACCGAUGUGUUCACAGAGUAACAAUCCACACUCUGCUCUAAAUGACCCCCAGCGUACUCAGCAUGGGAAUGACUUGUGAGGGACGCAAUUAAAACAUGUACAGCAACAAAUUCAUUAUUAUUAAUUUCCCGUAGCUUCGAUGAACCGAAUCUUUGUAAUCAUGUAUUCAUAUAUUUUUUCUCAUUUUCACACUCACAAAUGUAAAGAAUAAACAAAACUUCUCUAAACUUUAAAGAACCGUUUUCUUCUGUGUCCGACUCUCUGAGCAGCUUUGGUGGAAAAUAACUGAACAUUUCUCCAGUUCAGGUUAGAAGCUCCGCCUCUUCAGAGGAGCGCCAUCGGUUUUCAUUCUUCACACAUUCAGGAGCCUCGAAGUGAGAAAGCCUGACUGCACAGGGCCCCAAUGAAGGGAGGGCCCUCGAAAAGCCCCGAGUGAAAAGUUAGUUUUAGUUUGCAUUUUUUAUUUCGAAGUAAACUGACUGAAUAAAUUGGUUGAGACGCUGAACUUUGUAUAAAAACAUGUAUGACACUUCACAGUGAUGGUUUCAGUCCUGGAUAGAUCUCCUGCCUUCCUACCCUUACAGGCAUCAUGAGGCACAGCUUCCCUGUACCAAUAUGGCGGCCGCGUUGAUGCAUCACUUCAGUGAGCAGCAGCGGGAUGGACUGAACUAGCUAACUGUAUAUAAAUGCUGCUCGAACACUGAUGCUUCAGCACUGAGACACAGAAUCAGAGCUCACUCACAGGAGAUGUGAUCAGUACUUUCGGACACUUGUUUAACGGAUCUGAAUACUUCCUCCAGCACCUUAUCACUUCCUUACUUCCUCUUUGCCAGCUUGUGCUGCUUGUGUCUGGUCACGUCUUCCUGUUGAUUGACUGCGUUUCUCUUUCUCUUGUGUCUUGAAGCUCAGAUGAACUUUCAGUACCUCUUUCGCUGAUCUCACACUUGCUCGUCAUUCAUUCGUUUCAGACUGAUGCUUUUUCUCUCAGGAUUUCUUCCAUUGCAUUUUUACUCAACUGUCUCUGAUAUGAAGUCGCUUGUUAACGACAACAGAGCUGCCACUUAGUGCAAAGACUGGGGGUACAACCACGGCUGUAAUGAAGUAGUGCAGGACAACCUGCUGUCAGUUAUUUCUAUUUUUAACACUGUGGAUUGAAGCUGCAGGGUCAGCAGCUAAAAGAGGAAGAGUGUGAUUUCGUGUUGAAUAUCUUUCGCAGGCUCAGCCUCCGGUUCAUAGCACAUCAGAACUUCUGUGAAGAUGAAGGCCGUCGCCGUGCCGCUGCAGCAGCUCAUCAGUAAAGUCAAAGACAACGCCAACGCUUUUGUCUUCAGCGUUCUGGUUGUCUCUUAUCAAGCUUUAGAGGCAGAGUUCCCAUGCUCCUGUAAACCACAGCCCGGCUACUGCAGCGCAUACAUGAUCAUGCCGUGUCUCAUCAUAGCCGUCUUAAUGCUCUCGACGGACUUACCGUUCCAGAGAGCGUGGCGAUACACCAGGUCCAAGGGCUCGUGUCACUUCGGCUGCGUUUUGUUCCGUCGCUCGGUCAAAGCUGUCUGCAUCGGCCUGCUGUGGGUCGGAUCUGUGCUGAUCCAGGCAGACUGGUUUGUUUGCUGUAACAAUCAGAAUCCCAGACAGGUGGCAGAGCUGCAAUGUCAAACCAAGACGGACGUCACAGCUGCAGGUACAGCCGUGGUGACCAUCGCCGAGAUGAAAAUGGUCUCGCGGAUGAUUGGCAUGUCUUUACUCUUUGCGGUGUUUUUCACCGCGGCCUUCUUGCUCUCGACGUGGACGGUCUACGCUGACGUCUGCUGUCCAAAAUGCUGCAGGAGAGACGUCCAAGUGCACGAGCUGAUUCUGGAGGUCGGGGAAGAUGUCGUGGAAAGGGUCAUGAAAGAGGAACAGCACAGCAAGUUGUCUGAAAGCAUGAAGGGGUACAUCGCUCAAGGAAAGUGGGUGAAUUGUUUGGACGUUGUUGAGGAGCUCAUUGACACGAUAGGAGGAGAAAAGGAAACUACACCUGCUGAGGUGCUCAGAGCGUUUCAGAAAGAGGACCACCAUGAGGACAAAAAGAGCCAGCAGAAUGAAGAAGAGGACAGUGUUUGACAAGACGAGUUCAUCAGUGUUUCACCAAACGUAUAAGCAGCUUUAAUCUGAUCGUUGAAUGCAACAUCUGACCAACCCAAUGUGUCCGAACUGCUCACAUUUAAGUCCAGUGAUGCUGACUCAGUUUUCUCUCCUGGAACGAUUCCAUUUUCCACUUUUAUUUGAAUUCAAUGGAAGUAUUAAAAAGAGAGUUUUGAAAAGUUA